AAACAACGCAAAAAAAAAAACAUUAGAAUGUUGCUUUGUCCCGGCCCACUGGCUCUCCAUGGCGUACUUUGGAUACUGAUCAUCUCGGAAACGCCGGCCUAUAUCUGUUCCAGUGCAACUAGGCUGUGGAAACGCGCAGAAAUGGCAGAGCUGAAAUUGGUUCCGUUGUCUAGGAUACCAAAAACCGAAGGUUCGUUGGAGGAAGCACAUGGUUCCUUGGAAGCGGUGCAUGACGCGACAUCCCCACAAGGAGUGGAAAAAAGCACUUGGUCAUUGAUCAAUCCACAUGCGCCUCACAAAGAUGGAUCGACUCUCGGAUCGCCCAUUGGGUCUGCCAAGCAACCCCUGCUGGGCCAAGGAGGAGACACGCCAGACAAUCAAGAUCAAAAGAAAAACUUAUCUGGAGUGACUGAGACUGAAGAGAUUGCCAAGAAGGUGAGAUUGAAAGGCUUAUAUGUGGACGCGGCUGCAGGGAUAGCAGGCGGUCAUCCCAAGCAACCCAAAAAUGUAAGGUUCUUCUGA